AUGGCUUUCGCUUCUUUUCUCGGAAGAGUUCUCUUUGCUUCCAUUUUCAUUCUCUCUGCUUACCAAGAAUAUAACGAAUUUGGAGUGGAUGGAGGACCUGCUGCAAAAGCACUUAAACCAAAGUUUGAUACCUUUGCACAUCGAAUCCAUUCUCAAGUUGGCUUUCAAAUUCCAGAGAUUGAUACGAAACUUUUAAUUACUGGAGCUAUUGCUCUGAAGGGCCUUGGCGGAGUUCUAUUCAUAUUUGGAAGCUCUUUUGGAGCUUUGCUUCUGCUUCUGCAUCAGUUGAUUGCUACUCCAAUUCGAUAUGAUUUUUACAAUUACGACAGCGAGGACAAGGAAUUCACUCAGCUUUUCAUCAAAUUCACACAGAACAUGGCUCUUUUUGGAGCUCUGUUGUUUUUCAUCGGGAUGAAAAACUCCAUUCCUAGAAGGCAACCAAAGAAGGCUCCGAAAACAAAAACUUAUUAG